AGAAAACCCGUGGAAAGUUUGCCGUUGCCGGAGUCUGAAGGGAGGCCGCCGUCUUCUUCUUCUCACACUCUUCUCAUUACCAGAAGGAAUAAGAGCUUGAUAUUUCCUUGUUCCAGUUGCUUCAAUGGCCACAAUAGCUUCUGGUGCUUUGGUUAAUUUAGAAGAGCUGGUUCCAUCUUCGCAACACUUUAAGCAUGGGAUCUCUCUCCGCGUAACUGGAAAGCUCCAAGAUUAUGAUGUGGAGACUGCUGUUGCUGUGAUUGUUGAUAGAAAUGCAUCGUUAAAAGUUGACACACAACACUUGAAUAUCAAUCUUCGCAUUGGUUCCAUCUUCCAGUUUAUUGGAGAACUGCUUCUUGAACCCGAUAAUGAGGCAAUUCUGAAGGCACGAGUUGGACGAAAUAUGGAUGGAAUGGAUCUCAAUCUCUAUCGUCAAUCUCUGCAACUCUUGAGAGAUUUCCAAGCUGGUCGUUGAAUAGUUAGACGCCUUAGUGAAAGAUUUAUCAAUGAAAAUUUACCAAAAGUAAUAGCUAGACCUCAUGUUGUGAAGGGCAUUCUUGUCAUAUUCAUGGUUGUAGUGGAAGCCUUUUUAUACAAUUUGCAAAAUGCAGUGUUCCUUCUUAGCUCUUGUUGAAA